AUGGCACCCGCGAUCGGAAUCGAUCUUGGAACCACAUACUCAUGUGUCGGCAUCUUCCGAGAUGACCGCAUUGAGAUCAUCGCCAACGACCAGGGUAACCGCACAACACCCUCGUUCGUUGCCUUCACCGACACCGAGCGUCUCAUUGGUGACUCGGCAAAGAACCAGGUCGCCAUGAACCCUACCAACACCGUCUUCGAUGCCAAGCGCCUCAUUGGUCGCAAGUUCGCCGAUGCUGAGGUCCAGGCCGACAUGAAGCACUUCCCCUUCAAGGUCAUUGACAAGGCUGGCAAGCCUGUCAUCCAGGUCGAGUUCAAGGGCGAGGAGAAGACAUUCACACCAGAGGAGAUCUCAUCUAUGGUCCUGACUAAGAUGAGGGAGACUGCAGAGUCCUACCUCGGUGGAACCGUCAACAACGCUGUCGUCACUGUCCCAGCCUACUUCAACGACUCACAACGUCAGGCCACUAAGGAUGCUGGUCUCAUCGCCGGCCUCAAUGUCCUCCGUAUCAUCAACGAGCCUACCGCCGCUGCCAUCGCCUACGGUCUCGACAAGAAGACCCAGGGUGAGCGCAAUGUCCUCAUCUUCGACUUGGGUGGUGGUACUUUCGAUGUUUCUCUCUUGACCAUUGAAGAGGGUAUCUUCGAGGUCAAGUCCACUGCAGGUGACACUCACUUGGGUGGUGAAGACUUCGAUAACCGUCUUGUAAACCACUUCACACAAGAAUUCAAAAGAAAACACAAGAAAGAUCUCACCACCAACGCUCGUGCCCUUCGCCGUCUCCGAACCGCUUGCGAACGUGCCAAGCGCACUCUUUCCUCUUCAGCUCAGACCUCCAUCGAGAUUGACUCCCUCUAUGAAGGUAUCGACUUCUACACCUCCAUCACCCGUGCCCGCUUUGAGGAGCUGUGCCAGGACCUCUUCCGCUCCACCAUGGAGCCUGUCGAGCGUGUCCUCCGCGAUGCCAAGAUCGACAAGUCCUCUGUCCACGAGAUCGUCCUCGUCGGUGGAUCCACCCGUAUCCCCAAGGUCCAGAAGAUGGUCUCCGACUUCUUCAACGGAAAGGAGCCCAACAAGUCCAUCAACCCCGAUGAGGCUGUCGCCUACGGUGCUGCUGUCCAGGCUGCCAUCCUGUCCGGUGACACAUCUUCCAAGUCCACCUCCGAGAUCCUGCUCCUCGAUGUCGCGCCGCUGUCCAUCGGUAUUGAGACCGCUGGUGGUGUCAUGACUCCUCUCAUCAAGCGCAACACCACCAUCCCCACCAAGAAGUCCGAGGUCUUCUCCACCUUCAGCGACAACCAGCCUGGUGUGCUCAUCCAGGUCUACGAGGGUGAGCGUGCUCGCACCAAGGACAACAACUUGCUCGGCAAGUUCGAGCUGACCGGCAUCCCACCUGCUCCUCGUGGUGUUCCUCAGAUCGAGGUCACCUUCGACGUCGACGCCAACGGUAUCAUCAACGUCUCCGCCCUCGAGAAGGGUACCGGAAAGACCAACAAGAUCGUCAUCACCAACGACAAGGGCCGUCUCUCCAAGGAGGAGAUUGAGCGCAUGUUGGCUGAGGCUGAGAAGUACAAGGCUGAGGAUGAGGCUGAGGCUGCCCGUAUCGCCGCCAAGAACGCUCUCGAGUCCUACGCCUACUCUCUGCGCAACACCCUCAGCGACUCCAAGGUCGACGAGAAGCUCGAUGCUGGUGACAAGGAGAAGCUCAAGGCCGAGAUCGACAAGACCGUCGCCUGGUUGGACGACAACCAGACCGCCACCAAGGACGAGUACGAGUCUCAGCAGAAGGAACUCGAGGGUGUCGCCAACCCCAUCAUGAUGAAGUUCUACGGAGCUGGUGGUGAGGGUGGCAUGCCUGGCGGUAUGCCCGGCGGCGCUCCUGGCGGUGCUCCCGGCGGCGCUGGCGGCGAUGACGGCCCAACUGUCGAGGAGGUUGACUAA